ACGUCGGCCGCCAUGUCGCCGAGUGGGGCUGGAAACAGACCCGGCGCCCAGCGGUAGCCCUCCUUGCGCCUCCGAUUCCCAGGUGAGGAGAGGAGGAGCGGGAUGCAGGGGACCCGCCGGCUCGCGGCCGGGAUGGAAAGCCUUUCGGAAGCCUCUCGCUCCUCCCCCUGCGCUGUCCUCCUCCAGCCGCGCAGCCUCUGCCCUCCCGACAUGGAAGGUCUUUAAUGUAACUUUAAAUGGUUCACCAAAGGAUGCUCUAAUGGAUGACAGCGAUACUCCUACAUAUAAUCUGCAAAUAGAACCACAAGAUGGAUGUCAUCCUGGUGACAGCGUGGAAAGGAGUGUGACCUGCCUGCCUUCUGCAUCAGAUGAAAAUGAAAAUCAGCUUGACGGGGAGGGGCAUGAGCAUCUGACCAGCAGUGACAGUGCAAUGGGAAAGCCCCAAGUGUCUGAGCAGGACAGUCUCAAUAAUAAUGAAAGCUGCACAUUGAGCUGCGAGGUGGCUGCAGGUGAGAACUCGCAAAACACCCUUUGUGAAGCCUCCAGAGAUGAACAGGCCUUCUUGGGAAAGGACAAAAAAAUACCUGGAAAAAGAAGUCCAAGAAGCAAAAAAGGGACUGCUAAGAAGAUACCACCAGGACUUUUUUCAGGAGAUAUUGCACCUUUAAUGCAAGAAAAAGUACUAAGUGCAGUCACAUAUGCUGUUGGUGAUGAAGAAGCUGCUGAAGUAAAUGCUAAUGAGCAGCCAGAGGCUCCGAAGCUUGUUCUGCAGUCUCUGUUUUCACUUAUACGAGGUGAAGUUGAGCAGUUGGAUUCAAGAGCACUUCCCCUUUGCCUUCAUCAGAUAGCAGAAUCCUAUUUCCAGGAGGAGGACUAUGAGAAAGCAAUGAAAUUCAUUCAGCUAGAACGAUUGUAUCAUGAGCAAUUGCUCGCAAAUCUUUCUGCCAUUCAAGAACAGUGGGAAACAAAAUGGAAAACUGUGCAACCACAUACAGUUACGGCUCUAAGGAAUUCAGAAAAGGGAUUUAAUGGUGAAGAUUUUGAACGGCUUACGAAAAUUUGUGUAACACAUCAAGAUCCUCUUUUAUCCAAACAUAAGAUAGCAGCUGUGGAGAAGUCCCAGGAAAGGAAAUGCUCCACGCAGUUACUAGUGUCUGAAGAUCCAAAGGAAGGAGGAGCUACCACCAAAGAGUCAGAGAGUAAAACUUGUCUCGACACAGAGUCAAGUAAAGAAAGCCAACAUACAGUGGAGCCCCUGGGGAGCAGUCCCUGCUGUCAUCAGAUGGACGUGCAAGCAGAUUCCCCAAGCCUUUCGGUAACUGCAGGAAAGGACCACAUGGAGGAGCUGCUCUGCAGCGCUGAAGCCACGUUAGCGCUCCACACCCAGUCCUCCGACACAGCAGGGAGCCCGUCUGGGCCAGACUCUUCUGAGGAUGCUUGUGAGGAUGACAGUCGCUUGCAGCUGGCUCAAACAGAGGCCUACCAGGAUGUGGCCAGAAUAGAGGGCAUUGCUGAAGACCCUAAGGUGUUUCUUUCCAGCAAGUCAGCGACAGAGCCGUUGAUUUCACCAGGCUGUGACCGUAUACCUCCUGCAUUGAUUUCUGAGGGUAAAUAUUCACAGGCUCAGAGGAAAGAACUCCGUUUGCCACUUCGGGAUGCUUCUGAGGCGUUGCCCACAGACCAACUUGAGAACAAUGAAUUAAAUGAGCAGCAGCAGCCUGAUCUUACAGACAGUGAUGGAAAAUCACCACAGGCGCAGGCUGACUCAGACGGUUCUGAGAAUGUGCUCUGUGGAAAUAAUCAAAUAUCUGACUUAGGCACACUGCUUCCAGAGGUGUGUAUGGCCCCAGAGGAAAAGGGAGAUAAAGACGACCAACUCAACAAAGAAACAGAAGACUAUUUGAACAGCCUUUUAGAAGGAUGUUUAAAAGAUACUGAAGAUUCCCUUUCCUAUGAAGAUAACCAAGACGACGACUCCGAUCUCCUUCAAGAUCUCUCUCCUGAAGAAGCAUCCUAUAGUCUCCAGGAGAAUCUGCCUUCUGAUGAGAGCUGUCUUUCUCUUGAUGAUCUUGCCAAAAGGAUAGAGAUUGCAGAGGUUGUUCCUACUGAAGGAUUGGUCUCAAUAUUAAAGAAGAGGAGUGAUACUGUAGGAGAUCAUCCUGCCCAAAUGCAACACAAACCAUCUAAGCGAAGAGUGAGAUUCCAAGAAAUAGACGAUAGCUUGGAUCAAGGGCCUGUUCUUCCUCCUCUAAACCAAUGCUAUCCACUGGAAAUUAAUGUGAGGCACAUGUAUGAUUUUCAACUUUGUAGUAGCCAUGCUAAAGUGAAAAGAAACAGGUGAGGUGAAUUUUAUUUUUUAUUUGAUUUUAUUUUUUUUGAGACGGGAUCUCACUCUGUUGCCCAGCUGGAGUGCAGUGGUGCGAUCUUGGCUCGCUGCAACCUCCGCCUCCCGAGUUCAAGCGAUUCUUCUGCCUCAGCCUCCCAGGUAGCUGGGAUUACAGGCGUGUUCCCCCACGCCUGGCUAAUUUUUGUACUUUUAGUAGAGACGGGGUUUCACCACGUUGGCCAGGCUGGUCUCGAACUCCUGACCUCAGGUGAUCUGCCUGCCUUGGCCUCCCAAAGUGCUGGGAUUACAGGCAUGAGCCACCGCACCUGGCCAGAAUUUUAAGAAUGUAUUUUAUUUAACCCAGUACAUAAAAAUUAUUUCAAAAUGUGAUCUAUAUGAAAAAAUUACUAGUGAGACAUUUUACAUCCUUUUUUUCACACUAAGUAUUCAGAAUCUGUGUUCAUCGCCGCUCAGUUUGGACCAGCUACAUGUCAAGUGCCCAACAGCCACCUGUGGCUCACAUCGGACAGUACAGCUCAGACAGUUCUAGGACAUAUAAAUAAAACAAACAGCAUAGAUGCUUUUACAUAUUUAAGCUAUAUUUAAAUGUUUGGAUUUGAAUAUAUGAUAAUGAAGAAAAAUACUUUAGGUUGUUAACAUAGAUGAAGUGGGGGGAGGAAUCAUGUUAAGAAAAGCAGGUAAGGCAUGGUGCAGUGGCUCACACCUGUCAUCCCAGCACUUGGGGAAGCCUCCUCCCAAGUCUUUCUCCCGGAUCACUCGAGGCCAGGAGUUGGAGACCAGCCUGGGCAAACAUGGCGAGACCUCAUCUCUACAAAAAAUACAGAAAUUAGCAGGGCAUGGUGGUGUGUGCACCUGUGGUCCCAGCUACUUGGGAGGCUGAGAUGGGAGGAUCGCUUGAGCCCAGGAGGUUGAGGCUGCAGUGAGUGUGGCCUGGUGACAGAGCACAACCCUAUGUCUAAAAAAAAAAAAAAAAGACAAGACAAGACUGAACUGUCCAAAAAAAUACAGCAUGAUUAAUAUGAUCCUAUUUCUUCAUGUAUAUAAAAGACAUAUUUUCAUACAUAGGUAUAAAAUAUUUUAGACUGGGCAUGGUGGCUUAUGCCUGUAAUCCCAGCACUUUGGGAGGCCAAGACGGGCAAAUCACCUGAGGUCAGGAGUUUGAGACCAGCCUGGCCAAUAUGGUGAAACCCCAUCUCUACAACAAUACAAAAAGUAGCCAGGCAUGAUGGCAGGUGCCUGUAAUCUCAGCUACCCAGGAGGCUGAGGUGGGAGAAUUGCUUGAACCCAGGAGGCAGAGGUUGCAGUGAGCCAAGAUCGCACCAUUGCACUCUAGCCUGGGCAACAAGAACAAGACUCUGUCUCAAAAAAAAAAAAAAAAACUAUUUUAAAAUGUAAAUUUCAGAGCGAACAAUUUUUUAAUCCCAUUUUGAUGUAAGUCCUGAAAUCAUACGUGUUUGAUCUAAAAGGACACACACCAAAUUUAACAGUGUUUACCUCUGGGCUGGGAAGGAAAUAUGAUUGGGCAGGAGAAAAACGGAUAGUCCCUUAGACUCUAAGAUGCUUUUGGGGUUGCGUUUUUACAGGGAGAAUAUAUUCAUGUAUUACUGCACAAUGUUCUAAAUAAAGGCUAUUUGGUAUGCAUUAGGUUUUAUAAAAUUUGUUUCUUGUAAAAGUAUAUGCUAAUUAUGAAAAACAUCAGUUUAAUAAAGUAAAAAUUAAAUCAUGAGUCUUAGACAUCCUUCAAUGAAAGAACAUAUUAAAUUUACUGCAUUCUAUUAAAUACUUACAUCAUAUUCCAUUAUAUAAAUGUCCCAUAAUUGUUUAACUGUUCCACUGUAACCAGAACCACUAAGUUAUUCCCAGCCUUUUGUUAUAACAAACCCUGCUGCAGUGAACAAGCUUGUAUAUAUGAUAUUUGUUGUGCAGAACUGUAGCCUAAUUCUUAAAGGUGGAUUUGCUGGGAUAUGUUGAAACUAUAUGUCCCACGUGGCCUGAGGCCGUCCUGGUUUACACCUGUUGUCCCGGAAUUGCAUUCAGUUAACACUGUCUUUUUUUCUUUUUUUUUUUCUUGAGAAGGAGUCUCGCCCUGUGGCCCACCCAGGCUGGAGUGCAGUGGUGUGAUCUCAGCUCACUGCAACCUCCGCCUCCCAGGUUCACGCCAUUCUCCUGCCUCAGCCUCCUGAGUAGCUGAGACUAUAGGCACCCGCCACCACGCCCAGCUAAUUUUUUAUAUUUUUAGUAGAGACAGGGUUUCACCGUGUUAGCCAGGAUGGUCUCAAUCUCCUGACCUCGUGAUCCGCCCGCCUCGGCCUCCCAAAGUGCUGGGAUUACCGGCGUGAGCCACCACACCCGGCCUUAACACUGUCUUUUACUCUCAAAAUUGUCCAGUCUGGAGGAUAAAUUAAUUGUAAAUUUUAAUAGAUACUGCCAAAUUACCUUCCAAAAAGGCAUCCCUACACUUUAAUCAUGCUGCAGAUCAGAAGACUUUUUGGUCUUUUUGAAAUUAAACAUUUUUUUAAAUGAUGAAUAAUUAAGAUAUUUUUCAACCAAAGAAUGAUUGUUUUCUUCAAUAUAGAAAGAUGCAAAAGAGAUCCCACCCAAAGGCAUUUUUAUUGUUUAAUAUUAAGUCGACUUUGCUCUCAGGUAGUCCCAUAUGUGAACCCCAAGAGUCUUAGAACAGCCAGGCUGUACUGUGGACUGUCAAAUAAUGCUGUCAGGGUGGGCAUGCUGGCUCACACCUGUAAUCCCAGUACUUCGAGAGGCCAUGACAUGAAGAUAACUUGAGGCCAGGAGUUCAAGACCACCCUCUGCAGCAUAGUGAGACCCCAUCUCUACCAAAAAAUAAAAAAUAAAUAGCCAGGUAUGGUGGCACAGGCCUGUAGUCCUAGCUGCUCAGGAGGCUGAGGCAGGAGGAUUACUUGAGCCCAGGUGUCAGGGCUGCAGUGAGCCAAGAUUUUGCCACUGCACUUCAGCCAGGGUGACAAAGUGAGACCCUGUCUCUAAAAAACAAACAAAAAUGAAUGAAUUCAUUAAUGCGUGCUAUGAGCAUGUGAGCUGUUUUUCUUCUUCUCAUGGAGUGGUUCUGUCCAUUGUAUAAAUGAGCUAGUUUUAAUUUUAGCUUGUACAAGCUCCACAAGUCUGAAUCUUCUUGGUAUUUAAUAGGUAGGUCUUUGUAGAGUCAUCAGCAGCAUGAGUUUUCUGUGAAUACUUCCUAUCCAUAGAGGACCAACAGUAGAAAUGUGUAGUUAUCUUAAUUAGUGAAAAGACAGCAGAUGCUAAGAUUUCCAUUUUGGUGACAAUGUAACCUCACUCUUCUCAUGU